ACGUUUGAUAAAAAACCGACUGAUUUACGAUAAGUUUUUGUAGUUGAUUUUUAAAAGAUAUGGCAUAAGUAUGCGACUUAAAGAAGUGUCAUUUGUCCAAAAAAAAGCAAAAUUAUAGUAACUAAACUUGUACAUCACUGUGAGGCUGCAUAUAGUGUCCGAAUCUUUUCAAUCGUUUUAAAAGUAUUGCUCACAAGAAAGAAAGAAGGAAAGAAAGAAAAGAAACAUAGUUCCAUGGAUAAAGACAAAGAAUGUCACAGUUGCAUAAAUGAUAGGUUUUUAACAAUGUCUAUAAAAAGUAUUGUCAACAAAUACUCUUAAACGUUUUAAUUAAAAACAAUUCAUACAAUACAUUUGCGGUCUGUUUCUUUUUUACCUAAUUGACAAAAUAUAAAUAUUGCUAAGAAUACGAUACAUCAAUUGUAAUUGUAUAUUAUUUAUGUAUGUACAUUGAAUUUUUUUAUGUACCAAGACAUAUCAUAAAUAUAAUAAUAAAAUCCUACGUAUUGUCGUAUGUUUUUAAGCGAACAAUUCAAAUUUAAAUGUAGUUACGUAAUAUCGAUAGGUAUCGUGAAAACGUUUGAUCGAUAUUCCGUUAUUUAACCGAAACUCUGUGAGUACAGUUCUGUAUCGACGGUAAUUUAGUAGAAUUAAUCAUUUUAAUCGUUGAUCUGUCUAAAAUUUUAUUUCAUUAGCAGAACAAACAAUGCCGAGUAUAAAUAUUAAAGACUACAAUUGGCGGCAAAAUUCAGAGUUCCUGAUAUUAAACGUACCUAUAAGAGGCCAUCCAAGAAAAGUGGAUUUGUUCGUGAUUGAUAAUUAUGCGAAGAUAAGCUUUCCACCGUUCAUAUUGGAACUGUUUCUAUGGGCUAAUGUUGUUGAGAAGGAAAGUAAGUGCACCAUAACCGAUCAAGAGGCAAUACUUACUCUGCGCAAGACAAAUAUCGGUUUAGAAUGGCCCACUCUUGAGAUACAAAACAUCGACAAGGAGUUUAAACGAGAAUGUCGAAAUCGAGCUUUAGAGCAGGCUCAAAAAGUCGCUGAAGAUAAUAACAAACUGAAAAGAGAGAAACGUCAACACCUGCAAAGGGAGGCAGUGAGAGAACAAAUUAAUAUCAACACGGCUACGUUAAAUAAAAUAGAUGCGGUACGAAAUGCGCACCGUAAGGAAGCUAUGCAACAAUUUGAAGAGUGGAGGUCAAAAGCAGAGUUACCAUUAUUAUCUAAUGUUGAAGGAGAAAUACAAGAAAACAGGAAGGCUUAUAAACCACCGUUAAAGUGGUUUAAAGACAAUGACAACACGUUAAGGUCUCGACCAAUGACUACCGAAGAAAUAUUUAAUAAUAAUUCAUCCUCAAAAGAAUUCGAGUCUACGAUAAAAGAAGAAAGAAAUAAUGAAAAGAAAAUCGUGGAAAUACAAUCGGAAAUCGAAACUUGGAACAGCAAUGUUAAAACGAAAACGUUAAUAAAAGAAAAUAGUUCCUUUAAUGACGCCAAUUGUUCCAAUGAGGAUUCCGAAUCGGAUUAUGAAUUAAGAUCAAACAGUAAAAAAAUGGACAAAGAUGUUUCAAAUAAAUUUUAUACGAAAAAAAAAAGACCCGGACUGGAAUCUGUAAAAGCUGCCAUAGAAGGGAGGCUCGUGAGGAAAAGCAGUAUAUUUGAAGAACCAUCGAAGUCGGUACCGUUACCAAGAAGAAAUGGUACGAUUAAUGUCACAUUUUCAGAACGAGCGUUCCCGACUCCUGCUAGAGAAAGUCAUCACCUAGAAGAACAAGAAUGGUUACAAAAGCAAGCAGAGGCAAGGCGCAAAAUUGGUUUCGAUACGAAGGACCUGCGAUCGGAAGAACGCGAUCCACAGUGGUUGAAAGAUAAGGGAGACGAGUUUUUCAAGGUUGGCAACUACCUAGGAGCUAUCAGCGCCUAUUCGUAUGGGAUUCAAAUUAGCGAUAAAAUGGUAUCGCUUUAUGUGAACAGAUCAGCAGCUCAUUACGCGUUAGGAAAUUACUGUAGAUGUAUAGAAGAUUGUUCGAAAGUAAUCCAAGUUACAAUAAGAUGUCUACAUGGAAUGGAACAUAUACUAAGUUCAUCUAUUGUAUUCUUUCAGGCACUAGAACUAAUGGAACCGAAAUGCGAAAGUAACCGCGAGUCAAGGGCCAGGUGUCACGCUCGACGAGGUGCAGCGCUUUGCAAAUUAUCCUCGCCUCAACAUGGUAUUCCUGAGCUAGAGGCUGCUCUGAAAUUAACACCGGAUAAUGAAAGCAUAAAGCGCGACGUGCUGGCCGCGAAACAAUACUUCCAGCUAAAAGAUUAAGAGAGAUAUAUUAAUCUGCAAAGUAUUAUGUUAGCAUGUUUAAUUUCCACGAAGGGACAUGGAUGAACAUGCUUGAGAAACUGCUUGGAACAACGGGGCGGCACGAAGUAGCCUCCCCAAUCUGCAAUGUUAUACGAUGCGACAGGUUGCAGUGAAUCAUCGCGAUACAGUUGCUGCAGAGUGUCUGAUUACGACAAGGUUCAUUCAUACCGAUAUUCUUAUUGUUACGCAAACCCUAUGAGUAGUGCACGAGACGUGCAUCACGGCUUUACUAAAAAAGAUAAGUAAUACAUCCGUUUGACAAAUUUCCUCGACGAAAGGUGAGAGUUGACAUCGAUUGCUUAAAUCCAAAUCCAGAUGACACAAGUAUCCGUUACAAUGAUUCGUGGAAUUUCGGGGGUAGCAACCUUGAGAAGUACCAUCUCCGUUGCCAUGAAACAUUUCUUUUUCCAUGUUACAUAAGCAAUAUUGUUUAAAUUAAAGUAAGGUAGAUAUGUAACUACGCUUAAUUUAGUAUAGAAUCAUUCAUGAUUAAUAAUUGCUGCUAUCAAUCAUGAUAAAAUGAAACGCUUUAAACAAAAUCAUGAUCCAUUUUUGAGUGACUAGUUGAGUGACAGUUAAAUUGCUGAUUUUAUGAUGAUUGAAUUGCGUGACUUUUGGCACGUAUCCAGUGACAGAUCGUUUAAAUAACUAUCAGUUGUUCUAUCCACGUGUUUGUAACGGGAUUUAUGGAUUUAAUAUGUCGUUGGAAUAAUUAUAUGGUUGCGUUCUAUUUAUAGCAGAAUGAAUAAGCGAUUUACAGAAAUUUACAUGAAAGUAAUAGUGUCAGUUCUUACCGUACGGAAUUGGAAUUACAAUUGCGUGUACCGGUGUAUCUCGCCCUGAGGGAGAUCCCACUUACGUCAAAUGAAUCGGUAGUUGAGUAACGUAAUCGUGUCACACUCACGUUUCCGCUUAUUAAUCGUAUGUUACAAUUAGAAUUAUGGUGUUCUAUAAUAAUACAUUAAACUUUAAACUAAGUCAAAUUGUUAAAUUGGAUGAAAAUGAAAAGAUGAAUGUUCGUGACUCAUGCAUUUCACCAUUCUAUUAUCAUGGGAAUACGGAUGUACAAAGGGAAGACUCACACCUAGAUACAAAGGUAUAUAACGAAUGAUUAAGCGCGUGGCGAAUCGCCAAAAUAAGAUACAAGCGAAUUUCUUCUGCCCACAUGAAUGACUGCUAACAAAAGCUUGAAGCAAAACUGGUUAGCUGAUGAUUCACAUGAAUCAGUAAUCGAAGCGAAUACUGUAUUUAGAGAAUACAAAAUUUCAUAUAUUUAUGAUGGUUAAUUAAAUUUUCCAUUGAAAUUUUA